UUGGACCUCCGUACACUUUGCAUUUUCGAAUUAAAUAUUACUCAUCAGAACCGAACAACCUUCAUGAGGAGUUUACAAGGUACCUGUUUGUAUUACAGCUCCGACAAGACAUUCUUUCAGGAAAACUAAAAUGUCCGUAUGACACUGCUGUGGAACUAGCAGCUCUAUGUCUUCAAGCUGAACUUGGAGAGUGUGAGCACCCAGAACACACACCGGAACUAGUGUCUGAAUUCAGAUUUACACCAAACCAGACUGAAGCUAUGGAAUUUGAUAUCUUUCAGAAAUGGAAAGAGUGCAGGGGAAAAACCCCAGCACAGGCUGAAUUGUGCUACUUGAACAAAGCUAAAUGGUUGGAAAUGUAUGGUGUAGAUAUGCAUGUUGUUAAGGGAAGAGACGGAUGUGACUACGCGCUUGGACUUACACCAACAGGCAUAUUGAUCUUUGAAGGAGCAAACAAAAUAGGUUUAUUUUUUUGGCCUAAAAUCACUAAAAUGGACUUCAAAAAGAGCAAAUUAACACUUGUGGUCGUAGAAGAUGAUGAACAGGGCAGAGAACAAGAGCACACAUUUGUUUUCCGGUUAGACAAUGCAAAAACUUGCAAACAUUUGUGGAAAUGUGCAGUGGAACACCAUGCAUUCUUCAGACUGCGAAUACCAGCAAACAGUAAAUCUAGCAGAUCUGACUUCAUAAGGCUGGGUUCACGCUUCAGAUUCAGUGGUCGAACAGAGUAUCAAGCAACACAUGGAUCCAGGUUACGCAGAACCAGUACAUUUGAAAGAAAACCCAGCAAACGGUAUCCAUCACGAAGGCAUUCAACUUUUAAAGCAAACAAUCCUGUGAAGGCAGCACAACUGUGUGCAAAAAAUAAUCCUGAAGUCCACAACUACCAGCCACAGUAUCACCCUAAUAUACAUCCUGGUCCACCACACUGGCACCCUCAUACUCCUGUGAACGUAAGCUACCACUUGAACAACACUGACCUUCAUCAGUUCAACACUGAAGAAAAUGGUGGAGCACCAUUUACCACAAAAAUGUCUGGAAGGCAUCAACACCACCACCACCGGCAUCACCAUCACCACUCUAAUUAUGGAGUAAUUGUUCCUGACAACAAAGAUAUUGUUUCUGGAGUUCCAAACCCAAAUAAAUUGAGCUCAGGACUUCCCCUCCUUUAUGAUAACACUUCUUCCCAUCUGAAGAAGAUGGAAGUGGAGACUGUGAAGGUAGUUGGACCAUGGCCAGCUCUGCACAUCAAUAUAAACAAGGGUGAAGACAAGAAAGUUUCUGAAAAAAGUCUUCAUCCCCCAGUGUCACCUUCUUCUGUACCCGAUCAUAUGAAAUGUAACAUCCUUAAAGCUCAAGUAGAAGCUGCUUUUAGAGUGGGUGCCCAGCAGGUGGGGAAAGAAGAGACACCAUUUAUAAAUACCAGUAAGGCCUCCAGUCUGCAGGACCCUAAUGUAAGAAGUCCAGCACCAGUACGGCCAGAAACUACACCAUCAACAGGUGCUACAGAAAAGCAGGAAAUUAAAGUUUCUCGUGUGAGGAAGUUAACGAGACAAUAUAGCUUUGAUGAAGACGACCUUCCUCCAGCACUGGCAGCGGCUGCAGCAGCAUCGACAUCUGUUUCAUCAGCAUCUCCCGUGUCACAGAAAACGUGUACACCACAAAUGUCAGAAGGACAAACCCAGAUAUCACCUGGUGCAAAGAGCCCCACGGAUGUUGGAAUUACAUUUACUUUGGAGCCAGGUGACCUUUUGAUGGAUUUCACAGAAGCCACACCUAUGAUAAAGACAUUCCCUGCUGAUACAUCUAAUCCUUUUUUCGAUCCUUUUACAACAGUACCACAGUUUUCUGCAGAAUUUAUAGACAGCAAAUUAGUGUGCUGUGCUGUGCAGUCAUCACCUAAGAUGUUACCACCAGUAUCUCCUUCACCUGCAAUGAGGUCCUUGGCAGAGACAGUCCCAACCCCGACAGUACAGACGAUAUAUUCAUCACACAAACCUAUUUCUCUGGCAGACAGUGCUGAGACUCUGAGGCGUGAACUCGAGAGAGAGAAGAUGAUGAAAAGACUGUUGAUGACAGAAUUAUGAAAUUCUCACUUCGUCACAUGGAGACUGGAUCGGGGCCUUUCAUGUGCCUUCUGUCUGUUUACAUUCCUCCACUUCUGUGUACUCAACAUAAUGCAUCAUGAAAAUGUGUUAUGUUCCCAGCUCACUCAGAUUCAUCACAGUUGGUUAAAAUUAAGUCUUGGCUUGACUUUAACUUGGAGGAGUUCCUUUAUUCAUUUGCUGCUGGGAAAUAAACCUUCAUUCCUUUAUGUAUCAUGAGUAUUAGGAUUUUCUACUAUUAUAAAAUGAAUUUUAGGUUUGGUUUUGGUAAAUCUAAGGUAAAAAUGAUCAGCAAGGAACAUACUGAUUUCUACUGAGAAACACUGUUCUGUAUAUAUGUUAAUAACU